AUGGGGGCCGAGACCAGUAAACAUGACGAGAGGCCGACAGGACAGGAUGACCCCAUGUCGUCUGGAUGGAGAGGCUUCCUCUCCAGUGUGGGUCUGUCACUGCCCGCCUCUGUGUGUCGUGUGGCCCCUGCUGCUCUGCGGCUUCGGCACCGACGAAUGCUCCAGGGAAAGGCCCCAGAAAUACCUGAGCAUGUGUUGAGACUGGCAGGAGUUGGUCCAGGCAAACUCAGGUCCGAGUGGAGUUUCCCAGGCUUCAUCACCAUGUUCCUACCAGAGUUCCCACACAAGACUGUGCCUGGACAGGAGCAUUUUCAGGUCAUGAGUUAUAUUGCCAAAGGCUCAUUUGGGCCCAUUCUGAAGGUGAAGGACAAAGCCAAACAGAAAACUUAUGCUGUGAAGGUUAUUCCUAAAUCAGAAAUCCUCAGACUUGGUGUUCUGGAGCAGUCAAAGGAAGAAGUUAUUGUUCAGCGUCAGGUUCACCAUCCAUUUGUCCAUGAGCUGCAGGACUGCUGGCAGACGCAGCGCCACCUCUACAUUAUGUGUGACUACUGCAGCACAGGGGACCUCUACACUUACUGGCAAAUGAAUGGACAGUUUUCAGAGAAUACAGCGAGAGUGUUUGCAGCAGAGCUGGGUUGUGCUCUGGGUUUUCUCCAUGACAUUGGGGUAAUACACCGAGAUGUGAAGAUGGAGAACAUCUUGCUGACAGAAAAUGGACACCUCCGUUUAGCUGAUUUCGGAUUGUCUCGUCGUCUGGAGAGAGGAGGGAGAGCCUUCACUAUUUGUGGAACUAUACAAUACAUGGCUCCAGAGGUGUUGAGUGGUGGGCCUUACAACCAUGCAGCUGAUUGGUGGUCUCUGGGAAUCCUGAUCUUCUCAUUGGUAACUGGGAAGUUUCCAGUACCACCUGAACCAGACCACUGCAGCAUGUUAAGAAAAGUUCGAUAUUCUCCAUAUGAAAUGCCCCUCAGCUUUAGCCCUCCAUUAGCGCUGCUCAUCACAGAGCUUCUCUGCAAGACUCCUAUCCGUAGGCUUAGAACUCUGGAUAGAUUUAAGCGACAAGCCUUUUUUCGCGGGAUGACUUUUGACAUUACUCUUAUGCAGCGGGAGCCUGUGGAGGUGAUCCUGAAGCUGAGAGAGAGACCAGACCGAGCCGCCAAAGCUCGCAGAGGCCUCACUCUGUCUCUGCAGCCACUGAAGGGUUUCGACUAUGACUCUCUGCUCAGCCCAGACACUCCAGACUCAGAAACAAGAGACUUCUCCACCUCUACUGAUCUGAGCAAACACCUGCCUGCGCUGAUCCUCCACCAAACCGUAGCCACCAUGACUCACCAGUACCCUGCACUGACUCCUGAACAGAAGAAGGAGCUGCAGGACAUUGCCCAGAGGAUUGUGGCACCUGGGAAGGGCAUUCUUGCAGCAGAUGAAUCCACUGGCAGCAUGGCAAAGCGCCUGAACCCCAUUGGUGUCGAGAACACGGAAGAGAACAGGCGCCGCUAUCGCCAGUUGCUCUUCACUGCUGACGAGCGCAUUGACAAAUGCAUUGGGGGAGUCAUCUUUUUCCAUGAGACCCUGUACCAGAACACUGAUGAUGGUGUGCCAUUUGCAAAGCUGAUCAAAGACCGUGGCAUUGUAGUUGGAAUUAAGGUCGACAAAGGUGUGGUGCCGUUGGCUGGAACAAAUGGAGAGACAACCACUCAAGGUCUGGAUGGACUCUCUGAGCGUUGUGCUCAGUACAAGAAGGAUGGAGCAGACUUUGCCAAAUGGAGAUCUGUGUUGAAGAUCUCAGACACAACUCCGUCUGAACUGGCCAUCUAUGAGAAUGCCAAUGUGCUGGCAAGAUACGCGAGCAUCUGCCAGCAGAAUGGUAUUGUCCCUAUUGUGGAGCCAGAGAUCCUUCCUGACGGGGAACAUGACUUGAAGCGUUGCCAGUAUGUCACUGAGAAGGUUCUAGCUGCCUGUUACAAAGCACUAUCAGACCAUCAUGUUUACCUGGAGGGUACCCUACUUAAGCCAAACAUGGUGACAGCUGGACACUCCUGCCCCAACAAAUACUCUAAUGACGAGAUCGCAAUGGCAACAGUGACGGCCCUUCGUCGCACUGUUCCUCCUGCCGUCACAGGAGUGACUUUCCUGUCUGGUGGGCAGUCUGAGGAAGAGGCGAGUGUGAAUCUUAACGCCAUUAACACCUGCCCUUUGACCAAACCAUGGGCUUUGACCUUCUCUUAUGGCAGAGCUCUUCAGGCUUCUGCUCUUAAUGCAUGGAGAGGAGAGCUGAGCCAAGAAAAGGCAGCCACUGAAGAGUUCAUUAAGCGUGCAGAGGCCAAUGGCUUGGCAGCUCUUGGAAAGUAUGAAUCAUCUGCAUCUGGUACUGCAGCGGGAAAAUCUCUCUACGUAGCAAACCAUGCCUAUUAA